GCACCCAGGGCAGCAACCGGCAGCUGCAACGGUGCAGCAGCUGCAGCAGCAGUUGCAACGGUGCAGCGGGAGCUCCGGGGAGAUGUGGAGGCUGGCGGCGAUGCUGCUGCUGAGCUCGGUGUGCAGAGGUUCGGCCCAGCUACUCUUUGACUCCCCACGGUUGGUGGAAAAAAACGCCUGCAACCAUAGCGUCCUCCUGCCCUGCUCCGUCACCAAUAUGGAGCUGAACAACAUCAGAGCUAUGUUCGUCCGCUGGAAAUACAAAGGGAAGGACAUUUACACCUUCGACGGGUUCCAAGACAAAGUCACCAUCUCCAGCGACUUCCAGAGCGCGUCCAUAUUCGUGCCAGAUAUCCUCAGCGGCAAUUCCUCCCUGAGGCUAUCCGAUGAAGAUGCCGUCCUCGGAAAUUACACCUGCGAAGUCACGGAAGCGAACAGGGAAGGGGAAAUUAUUGUGGAGUUGCGAUACCACGUGGUUUCGUGGUUUAAUCCGAAAGAAAACAUUCUCAUCGUUAUUUUCCCGAUUUUGGCUAUCCUCCUUUCCUGGGGUCAGUUUGGUAUUGUGACCUUAAAGUAUAAAGCCAACUGUCCAAGUGAGAAAACCUUUGGCUUGAUUAUUUCUGGAAUAAUCCUCACACUUUUUGUCAUUAUUGGAGCUGCCCUCUUUAUCCCAGGUGAAUAUUCGAUAAAGAAUGCUUCCGGGCUGGGUUUAAUUGUAGUCCCUACUCUGAUGCUAGUACUGUUGCAGUACUGCGUGUUUAUGACAGCUUUUGGGAUGACCUCCUUUGCCAUUGCAAUAUUGAUCCUGCAGUUAGGUGGCUAUAUACUUGCUGCUGUUGGAUUAAGCCUGUGUGUCAUGGUGUGUGCCCCAACCCAAGGUCCUCUUUUGAUCUCGGGUCUGGCUAUCAUUGCCCUGGCAGAGCUGCUUGGCCUCGUUUACAUGAAAUUUAAAGCAUCAAACCAGAAGCCUCCCCAGCCUCCUAGGAAAGCUGUAGAGGAGCCCCUUAAUGCAUUUAAAGAGUCAAAAGGAAUGAUGAAUGAUGAAUAAAUGAAGCGGGCCGGCGGUCUCCGAUACGGCAGUAGAAAGACGAGAAAGGAAUGCACUUGUGUUCAGACACCGUGGCCUUGAUGAUUCGCUCUCUGAAGAGAAGGAAAUUAACUGGUUUGCAUAUUUCAAAAAAAAAAUGAUUGAUGCAUUACGUUUUCACUCAAAACAGCUUUAAUUUAGUCCAUAGACAUAUGUCUAGGAGCCCAGUUGAUAUCUAGGUUCUUUAAUUUUUUUGGUUGUUUCAUUUCCUUUCUGUUAUUCAACGUGGCUGGAGAUGGUCAGCCUUUGUGAAAUCCAGUUUCCCAAGGACUUCCGGGUCCUGGAUUUGGAAGCCAAGCCCAGAUGUGAGCCAGCCCCAUCCAAAGGUUGCCCAGAAAUCCCUUAGGAGCCGGAUUCCUGGUAGCUUCCGUCGGUUUCCAUUUCCACCACUGGCGGGUGGGUUGCCAACUGAGCUGUAGAGGAGGAAGCCGUCUCACCCGGAUAUUCAAUCACCUAGACCUCCACGAGCCAAUGAGGCAAGAGUGACGAGGGGCAUCUUGUAUGCCUCCAACCUGGAGCGGGACGGACGGAUGGGUGGGUGGAAGCAUCCGGUCUUUGGGAUGGACGGGGUCCCCGAACAAAAUCCAACGAAGGAUGAUUCCAGACUCCCUGGGCGGUAGUCUGGCCAUGCAACCUUUGGUUUCUUAAACAAGUCCCUCCUGGAAAUCUGGGCCUAUCUUUCGGUGACUCAGUUCUGUCUUACUGAGUGCAGCACCUUUUCUCCUCUUCGCGUCGGGGCAGUGACGCGGUAACUUCCUUUGGUCACGGAGAGGGAGGGGCCGGCUCCAUUCCCAGAACGCUGAACCUGCCGGCAGGAAGGGCUUACAGUAAGAAGCUCAGUUGUCCCUCGCUCGGUCUCGAGGGUUCCAUACCCAGUGGUGCUUCAUUUCUCAAUUCGGCCUGGGCCAUGAAACCCUGAGAUUGGAGAUUGGAGCUAUGAACCAAGCAUGGCAUGGUUUGGCAUAAUCCACCACGACCCCUUGGGCCUGGCCCCCCACACGGAGGUUGCAAACUACCGUCGCGUGGGAAGAAAAACAACAACAACUCAUCUCUGACCUCCCCAUAUUCCCACUCUGCCCCCUCCUUUCUCAAAGAUCGGGAAAAAAAAAAUUCACUUUGAAGAAGCUUCAUGUGGUGACAGUUUGUGAUUGCCUGAGAUAUUUUUAGAUCAUUAGCACUUGUUUCUCCCUUGUUCGUGUAUGUGUGCGCGUGCGUGUGUGUGUGUGGGUAUACGGCGGGCACAUGCUUAACCUAUGUGGGUAAAAGUCGGGAGGAUACAAGAGAGGAAAUGUUGAUGUCUGACUUUCUGGAGAGUGAUGGAAAAUGAAGGCACUUAUGCAAUGGAAAUAUUUCCGUUCAAUUAUUUGCUUGUUUCAAAUAAAAAAGAGCAAAAACAAAAAUU